AUGUCAUCGAAGUGCGACGAGCUCAAAGCUGACCUGGACGUAAAGACCAAGAAGAUAGGAAAUUUGGAAUUGGAGAUCUCUUCAUUACGAUCACAAGUAACUGAUUUGAGCGCUAAGCUGAAUCAACUUGAACAACAAUCGAGAGAUUGUAACCUAGAAAUUCAGAACGUUCCAGAAUUUAAAGCAGAAAACCUUAAAACAACUAUCCAGCAGCUUGUUGCUACAGUGGGCUGCGUGCUACCGGAAAACGAGUUAAUAAACUAUCAUCGUGUUGCAAAAAUUAACCAAACAUCAAACCGACCUAGAUCGAUUAUAGUCAAACUUCCCAGUCCUCUGGUUCGGGAUAAAAUACUUGCAGCCGUUAAGACGUUCAACAGGACUCAUCAGGACAAUAAACUUAACUCAUCUCAUUUGGGCAUCGCCGGGGAACAGAAACCUGUGUACGUUUGUGAACAUCUAUCACCUACAAACAAACAAUUACACGCAGCGGCUCGUAAAGUGUCCAAGGACAAAAACGUUCAAUUUGUGUGGGUUAGAAACGGCCGUAUUCAUAUGAGGAAGGACAUAACGUCAAAAAGCUUUGUGGUUAAGGAUUUAGACUUUCUGAAUUCCCUUAAAUUCGAUUAG